AUAAGAGGGUGUGACCGCCCUACUUAAGCCCCUGAGCCUAGGGUGCUGAGCCUCGGUUCUCAUCAGACAAGAGGAGAACCAUGAAGCUGUACUUUGCCUUGAUGGUGCUUCUCUCCAUUUCACUGUUGGCUACUUCAGCUCCUCCAACUUGCUACUCAAGGAUGCUAAACCUAAGCAAAGAAAUCAUGGAUUCCUUUAAUGCUCUGCAGAAUGAGGAGCCCUUGGAGCCCUGUGUGGAGGGACUGCCAAAACUUUACUUGGAUAUACAUAAUUACUGCGUGCUGGCCAAACUACGGGACUUUGUGGCGUCGCCCAAGUGUCGGAAAGUCGCUCGAGUCGGGGCCCUGAAGGACCAGGUGCGGAAGCUGUACACCAUCAUGAACUCGUUCUGCAGGCGGGACUUGGUGUUUUUGUCUGAUGACUGUGAGGUCCUGGAAAACCCCCUCCAAGCUCCCACAACCGUGAGAACCCAAGUGAGGUCAGAGUCGAAAGAAGCGCCCAGGGGGAUUCCAAUUACCCCUGCUGGCAAAACCUCAACUGGUUAACCUGAUGUGCCCAACAAGGCUCCUGUGUGUGAGUGUGUAAGUGUGUGUGUAUGUGAAUGUGUGUGAGUAU